CAAGAUCGCCUCCUUUUUUUUUCAUUUUUUUGAUUGUUCACCAAGGAUUAGGGAACAUUUCCCCAGUGCAGUGUGCUAAGCAAACAGAAAUGUGGCUGAAUGUUGUGAUCACUCUAAUCCUGGCCGGAUCCUCGCUGACCAACGCCUUCUGGUGGCCUAAAACAACAACGGAGACCAGGGAGCCCAGUGGCGGUCCAAUGCUGCAGCAGAUCCCGCUCACCUACUUCCGCACGUACACCUACCAGCCGCUGGCUCCCGGAUUCUUUGGAUUUGGAGCUCCCCAGACGCCGUUGCUGCCAGGACCACCACCCCACCAGUACGAUCCCUACGCGGUGACCAGUUACGCGGCUGCCCGGCGCCAUGACUCCGUGGCCAGGCAGGAGGUGACUGCCCCGAGUAGCACAACCAGCACCACUUCCACCACUCCGGCUCCCACGACCACCACUACCACCACGACGACGACCACGCCGGCCCCCACCACCACGACCAGCACCACCACUAGCACCACACCGCCUCCACCGCCGCCGCCGCCGGCGGUCCAGUCCACCAGCAGCAGUUUCUCCGAGGGAUCCACCUCCAGCCUGCUGCGCUUCGGCGAGUAUCCCACGUACAAUCGCCGCGUGAGCAACCUCUACAACGCCAGGCCCCAGUAUCCGUAUCCGGACUACUUCAACUACCAGACGCCGCAGCAGCAGUCGCCGCAGCAGAGUGUGAUGGCGGAGCAGGGGGUCUCCUCCAGUGGCAGUCGCAUCCAGUUCGUGCCCUGCAUGUGCCCCGUGAGCAUGCCCAGCCUGCUCCCCUCCUCGACGGCGGCCACAACGUCGCCCCAUCCGGGCACCUCACCCGCUUCGUUCGCAUCCCAGCCGGCGGCUCGUCACAUCGAGCGGCAGGAUUUGGAAGCGGAAGCUGAUGGCGAGACAGGCGGCGAGGGCGACGAGGAGGAGGAGGACGAGGAGGAGCAGGAGGUGGUGGAACAGCUCCAGGAGGAGGGCACCACCAGUAGUGUUAAGCCGGCUCUCGACUGAUUUGUCACUUUAAAGGAAGAGAUUUCUGAAUCCCUAUGAAUACAAUUACUAAUAAAUGCCUGCCCUCU